AUGUCAAGUAAACCACCAUUUAAACAAAAUAAAAAAAAAGUAGUUAAAGCACCAAAUUAUAAAGCAAUAGGAGCAUCAAUUGAUAGAGUUAAAGAGAUUUCAUAUAAUGAACAUGAUAGAAAAGAUUAUUUAACAGGUUUUCAUAGAAGAAAAGUUGCAAGAAGAGAAUAUGCACAAAAGAAAAUUGAAGAAAAAGAGAAAAGAGAAAAAGCAGAACAAAAGAAAUUUGUAAAAUUACAAAGAGAAGCAUUUCAACAAUCAAUUAUAGAUUCAAGAAAAAAACAUGAAAAUGAAUUUGGUAUCGAAAAUGAUGAUGAAGAAGAAGAAGAAGAAGAAAUUAAAGAAGAAGAAACAAUCGAUGAAAAAGGUAACAAAGUUAAAGUUUUAAUCAAACCAUCAACAAUUCAAGAAACUCAAAUUAAAGAAUAUUCAAGUGAAGAUAAAAUCAUUACAACAACUGUUAAACCAUUAUCAUUUAAUAGUGAUGGUGAAGAUGAAGAUGAAUCUGAUGAUGAUGAUAAUAAUAGUGAUGAUGAUGAUGAUAAUGAUGAAGAUGAUGAAGAAGAAGUUAAUGAUAAAUCAAAAGUUAAAAAGAAAUUACCAAACUUUAAAAAAGAAUCACCAAGUACAAAUAAAUUUAAUAGUAAUAAUAAAAAAGAUACAAUUACAGCAGAUGGUUUAACAUUAAUUGAUGCAGAGAAUAAAAUUUAUCAAGAUGAAAAAGGUAGAAGAAUUAAAAUGAGAAAAGAAAAAGGUAAAAUCAUUCCAGUCGUACUUACUGCUGCCGCAGAAACUGCAAUUGAAAAAGGUUGGAAACUUCCACGUUCACUUAGAACAAGUCAAAAGAAAUCUUGGUCACAUGCUGUCCAAAAGAAAUCAAAAAAGAAACAAAGAAAAGAAAAAAAAGGAAAAUAA